AUGGUAUCACAUGUUGAUCAUAAUGAACAUUUAGUUCAAAUAAUGGUUAGUGAACAAGGUUUAGCUGAUUUACGUGCUAAAAGUCCAAAAGAACGAACUCAAUUAAUAAUUGAAAAAUGUGCUCAUCCAACAUUACAAGAAACUGGUUCAAUGCAUCCGAAUCAUCAAGCAACAAAUAGAAAUAAAAAAGAAGCAAUAUAUCAAAUCGAUCAAAGAGCAACAAUAAGAAAUUAA